AUGAGCACUUACCUCUACGAACUGCCGACGACAGGGGCUAUCUCCUUUGCUGAUUUCUGUAGCGACCAGAGCAGCAACAAAUCAUAUGGAUCGUUCAUCUCCGAAUCAACCCAAGUCCGCGCCAACUUGCGCGCCGUGCUCAAGGAGAGCAAGCGCACCGAUGAUAAUGAGAAGGAUUACCUUCGUGUCGUAAAGGUUUUGGAUGAGUACCUUCCGCUGCUUCGCGGGAUAAUGGCCAGCGUUGCCCAUGAUGAAAUUGGGCUCAAAUCUGAACCUGUGUUUAGCUGGCGCGCAACAUUAUCGGCGAGCCUGUUCCAUGCGUCAUCGAGACACUCGCUACCCUCGCUGCAUGCUGAAUACGCUUACGCUCUCCUCACGUACGCUUUCGCGUUGUCGAACCUCGCUCGAUCGACAGUGAAGGCCCUGGGGACAUACGAGCACGACCGCGCUAUCUCCGACUCUGAACGACGGGCAAAAGACGAGAAACUGAAUUUCGCGGUAACCCUCUUGCUGAAGGCCAGCGGUAUAUUCCAGUAUGUAAGUGAGACAGCGCUGCUUGAAUGGGACAACAGCCGAGAUGGGGGGACCGCUGGGUUGAAUAAACCACCCGACCUGAGCAGAGAAGUUAACAAUGCCUUAGCCAAAAUGUCCCUCGCAGAUGCGCAGUCACUGGCCAUUCGCAAACUUCUCUCUAAAUCUGCAUACGACAGCAAUAUCGCCCCCGGCCCUCCAUUGCCGAAAUCACACCCUUCGCCCGUCCUGUUAGCUAAAAUCCACCUUGAGUGCGCUUCCCUGUAUUCGUCUGCGCUAUCACUCGCGAAAACAUCGGCACCUUCCAAAGGUAAAGAUACUGGGGAUGGUGACGUCAGAACGGACCUCCGACGUUAUCUCUCGGACGAAACAAGCUUUCACAACGCCCUGGCACGGAAAUGGCUAGGAAUAGAUGCUGGCGAGAACGGCAAGGGCGAUAAGGGUGGGGAAGCCGUUGGCUUUUUGGCUUGGGCUAAGAAAGACUUGGAAGAACUGAAAGAUGGGGGGAAGGGAAUGGGAAUCGGCAAGGAGAAAGAACAGAAGGAAAGAAGGAAAGAGAAGGUUGCGGAUGAAUUACAGACAGUGACGGUGUUUUGGAAACACUACGAAAAGGUCAACAAUUCACUUGCAUAUCAAGGAAUACCGCCGCAAACAGAUCUCCAAGCUCGUAUACCCGCAGGCCGCCUGGCGUUACCUGCGAAACCGUUCAAUCCCCCUCUACCCAUUUUUGGCCCUGGCUCUGUCGAAUAUGCUCGCCAGAAGGCCGAAGAACUGGAGUUACCUGAUGACUCACCAGCGUCGACUUUGACUUCGCCGCCAGAGGCUGCUGGAAAGUCGUAUGCAGGAGCCGGUUCAUAUUUCUAG